AUGAUUAAUUUGUCUGUUAUUAACAGCUGGUUCAAUAACACUUUGCUUCGUACAGUGACAGUUUAUGUUUAUAAUUUUGUGCAAUAUGUAUGUAAUGUGUGGCGACUGAAUGCCUACGUAAGCUACUUGCGUAGCAUUUAUGUAGUGAUGAGUUCUCAGGCAGUAACAAUGGGUUCCAAUAAAUCUUCAGAUCAGGGCUCAGCAGAUUCAAACUAUUCCCAACCAUCGUCGGAGCUGUCGCUUGACGAAGACAAGGAGGCGCUGCGCCGCGAGAAGGAAGCGCAGGCUAUCAAACAGCUGGACAAGGCACGGGAGAAGCCAGUGGCGUUCGCGGUGCGCACCAAUGUGUCGUACGAUGGCACCGUGGACGACGACUCGCCGGUACACGGCAGCGCAAUCUCCUUCGAGGUGCGCGAUUUUCUCCACAUCAAGGAGAAGUACGACAACAACUGGUGGAUCGGGCGCCUCGUGAAGGAGGGCAGCGACGUGGGCUUCAUCCCGUCGCCGGUGAAGUUGGAGGCAGUGCGGUCGGGGCUGGGCGCCAGGGGGCGCUACCCGCGGCCGGCGUCCACGGCGCCCCACCAGCAGCACGCGCCGCCCCUCUCCAGAGGUAGCACCCCUCCCACGCCCGGCGAGGAGUCGGACGGCGCGGGGCGCGGGCGGGGCGCGGGGGCGGCGGGGGGGAAGGAGAAGCGCAAGCCGUUCUUCAAGAAGGCGGAGGCGAGCACUCCGUACGACGUGGUGCCCUCCAUGCGCCCCGUCGUCAUCGUGGGGCCCAGUCUCAAGGGCUACGAAGUCACCGACAUGAUGCAGAAAGCUUUAUUUGAUUUUCUCAAAAGACGCUUUGAAGGCAGGAUCAUCAUCACGAGGGUCCAGUCCGAUAUAUCGUUGGCCAAACGAACUCAAAACGCGCCUAAGAAACCGUUCGUAGAGAGGGCCGGUAACAGGAACUGUUUAGCCGAGGUCCAGGCGGAAAUCGAAAGGAUAUUUGAGUUGGCUCGCACGCUGCAGCUUGUGGUGUUGGACUGUGACACCAUCAACCACCCCUCGCAACUCGCCAAGACUUCGCUGGCUCCCACCAUCGUGUACCUGAAGAUAUCCAGUCCCAAGGUGCUACAGCGACUGAUAAAAUCUCGUGGCAAGGGUCAGACGAAGAACCUGUCGGUUCAGAUGGUGGCAGCGGAGAAGCUGGCGCAGUGUCCACCGGACAUGUUUGACGUCAUACUGGACGAGAACCAGCUCGAGGAUGCUUGUGAACAUAUUGCUGAGUAUUUAGAGGCGUACUGGCGCGCCACGCACCCGCCCGUGCACGAGGACAGCGCGCCGCCGCGCGCCGCGCACCUGCCGCGCACACACGCGCACCACGCACACGCCGUGCCCGGACACCGCGAGAGGUCCGACUCGUAUACCUACGAGAGGGAAAGAGGCGGCAGGUCCCGCGCGGCGCGGCCGGAGCGGCUGGAGGAGGACUACUACCCGCGCGGCGGCGAGCGGUACGAGCGCAGCUACCCGCGCGAGUACCACGACUACGGCCCCGAGUACACGCGCGAGCGCGCGCCGCCGCAGCACGCGGCCGCCGCACACGAUGCGUACGGCCACGACUACACGCGCGACUACGCACGCGACGCCUACGCGAGGGAAGAGUAUGGGCGCGAGUACGCCCGCGACGAGCGGCGCCGCGACCGUGACCCACCAGACGACUACGGGCCGUCCCGCCGCGCGCUUAACGCUGUGUAA